CCCAUCCUUUAAUGCAUCGGCAGCAUCAAAUAACAUGAUAGACAUAAAUAUUGUGACAUUUUAUAUAUUGAGUAUAUAUCUAUCUACCUUUCUUGCCCUGCAGUAACCUGUCUUAUAGUCUUUUCUCGGUGGGUGUGUCUAUGCAAAUCACAACCUGCAUGCCCUAAAACGUCCCACCCCGCACAUGUCGACCAUCAGUCAGAACAGGACAGGCAACCCGUCAGCAGGUUGUAAAAGACCGACUACUCAGCUCACUCAGUAUCUAGUCUCGCAGAGGUCGGACAGUAGGGCCAGUCUGCAUUCAGAAGUUUAAUGCGCGGCUCGACAUGCCACCUCACAUGGAUUACUUUUACCACGAGUCCCGAGUCCCCUCCGCUUGCGGGUUGACCCGGGAGGACGAGCUGGAGCCCGGUGUCAUCAGCUGUAUGCUGAUCGGAGACGGAGCCGUCGGGAAGACUAGUAUGAUUGUGAGCUACACUUCAAAUGGAUACCCAACAGAGUACAAACAAACAGGCUUUGAUGUCUUCUCCGGUCAGGUACAAGUAGAGGGAUCUCCAGUCAAAGUUCAGCUUCUGGACACUGCUGGACAGGAAGAAUUUGAUGAAUUCAGGGCACUCUCCUACGCCCACACAGACGUCUUUCUCCUGUGCUUUAGCAUGGUCAACCCCAGCUCAUUUCACAACAUCACCAAGAAGUGGGUUCCAGAGAUCCGGGCUUAUAACCCGUCCUCGCCCAUCAUUCUCGUUGGGACUCAGUCGGACCUCUUACUGGACGUGAACGUCCUCAUCAACCUGGACCGAUCUAAUGUCAAGCCAGUUCUGAGCUCCCGGGCGCGGAGCAUGGCAGAGAAGAUCAGGGCCACAGACUACAUAGAGUGUUCGUCACUCACGCAAAAGAACUUGAAGGAGGCGUUUGAUGCGGCCAUCUUUGCGGCCAUCAAGAACAAAACCCGCAAAGCCAAGAAGAGGAGGUCCUCUGACAGACGCACUAAAGCUUUCUCCAGGUGCAGCUGGAAGAAGUUCUUCUGCUUUGUCUGAACUCAAACUGUUAACCCUGUGGGUUGUGGACAGAACUUUAAUUUAUUUCAAAAUCUUACUUUCGCAUCCUUCCUUGUUAAGUAUUUGGCUUAUUUUACUCUCGGAUGCCAAAUGGUGCAAAGGAAACAAGAUAUGAGCACAGUGAGCAUUGGGAACUAACAUCUAUGGAGACAGCAGAGAGGAUUCUGGGUCAGUCUCAGCCAGGGUCUGGUUUCAGACUCUAUCAGACAUAACUCAGGACAGCAGUGUUGUUUACAUUAUAUUCAAAUGUUUGAUUGUUUUAGGUCAGAGAAACAUAGCCACCGUUGAGCUAGUGGAGAGGAAAAGGGUGGUGGAGUGAGACAUUGUGAGGGAGAGUAGAUCAGAUGAACACACAGAGAAAAAAAAAACAUCAUGGCCAUCAUGUAAAUGCUGUGAAUUUGCAUGCUGUGAGUGUGCUUUGCUGCCAACUGCAGCCUUUAAUGUGAGUGAGAGAGAAACAGAAAGUGUCAGGGCAGUUUGAGCAGAUGGGCGUUAGCCCCUUCUCUGCUGUAUUUUUGCUGUCUGGCUACACCAGCCUAUUUAUAUGCAGCAGCUGCAAGUUCAGGUUGCAGUGUGAGGGGCCACAUUCUUACCUGUAUGUGAAAGCUCCCCUGGCUGGUUUGGGUUGGUAUCUUACAGGUCUUCAAGUUAAUCAACUGACAGUCUUAUCAGCUCCAACUCUGAUUUUAAAGUGGAAUUUUAUCAUCUGACUUAACAAUUGUGAAAAAGAAGCACAGCUGGAAGAUUUGUUUGUGACAAACCAGAAACGAAUGUGUUAUCUCCGUCUUAACCAACAGAUUGACAGGAACUUGUUUGAAAAUCCUCUUGUUAGAGGUGAAAGCUUGCAGGAGAGCAGUAACCUUUGGCUUUUUGUUCCUGUAUCUCAUCAAUCUGCAUCUGUAAAAGCAGGCACUGCAGGAGUCUUGACUUCCACCCUGCGGACCCUCCCACUACCACCAUCAGUCUUGGCUUUUUUAAUUUGCCUUUCUUUGUUUAUGUGCUCAAUACACUCUUUAUUCCCUCAAUAGCCCAGUGUGUACAGAGGAUGCUUAACAGCCCCUGCUUUAUUGAAACUGUAAGGUAAUACACUUAAAAAGAAACUUGUUCCUGUGACAUUUGUGCAAAAAAAGUCAGAUUUUGCACUCCAGUAUAAUAAUAUCUGGUGGAUAUACAUGUGUAUAUAGGGUGAAGUCAGGUAAUUUGGGACACUUUUUGAUAUAUUAUCAAGAAAACCUAAAAUUCUGCAGACUACCUUAGGUGUUACUUUUAGAACUUGUCAUGGAUCUCUGCUAUAUUUCCAUAAAGAAAAUAUGUUGCCAAGUAAAAAACAAACACAUCAAGAACCCCUACCUCACUCCAAUUACAUGUUCAAGGAAAAUGGGACACCUAGUAAGGUAAAAUGGGACAGUUACUGAUGGUUGUUUUCUAAUAGGGUGAUGUGAAAAUUGGCAGAUUGAAAAUUGGAGGCUAAUUUCCUUACAAGCCUAAUUACCCUACAAUUUUCAAUCUCUUUUAAUGAAUAGUUAGGUUACAUUAAUGAUUUAACAAAUUGAUGACUGAACUGAUAAAUGGAUUUAACCAUUUAAAAACAAACAAACAUGAAAUACAAUUGUUCUGUAAGCUGUGGCACACAAAAGCAUAGUAACUCAUGAUUUUAUGACACCUGGUAGCCAAACAUACCAGUUUCACUUCAGAAAAAUGUUCCAUUUUAGCUUAAUUUUUUGUCCCAUUUUUUGUGACUGUCCAAUUUUUACUAAAUGCAUUCAGCUAUAAUGGGACAGUCACUCAAAACCCUUUCCCAUAAAAAGCAGAGGGUAUUGUGAAAAUAUUUUGAUUAUAAGUCAAACUCAUUAUAAGUCAGUUAAUAAAUAGCAACAUCCUACAACCAUGUUUGGUGUUAUACCCUUAUUGUUUUAGCUUUACCAAAAAGAGAAAAUCAACAUUGCAAGUUCUGGGACCAGUGAUUUUUUUUUUUUUUUUGCUCCGUCUAUCCUAGUUAUCUCAGACCAAUUAAAAUGAUUGUUUCAUGUAAAGGACAUUUGUAGCAACAAUGCAAUAACAUGUUUGGUGAUUUGCUACUAAUAUUUAAAGAGCCCAAAAUGUAAAACUUGUUUGUCCCAUUUUACCUGAUGUGUCAAAUUACCUGACUUCACCAGACCAGAAGGUUUUACUAUGCUUCUUGUGGAAGUUAUCCCAAUGUAUAUGCUAUUCUGUUUGUUUAAACAGUUCAUUUGUCAUGUUUAUGUCAUUUGAAAUAUUACAUAAAACAUGGAUUUUAAAUGCAUUAUGCUCCACAAACUAUUUUUUCGUCAUAUUUUGUAUCGCUGUCACUUAUCUCAAAAUGACCACCUUCUGCUUUAACCUGUGUGACUUUUUUACAUGUCGGAGUGAUGUGAUGCAAAUAAAUGA